AUGGGAUUCUUGAACUAUUAUCGGCGGUAUAUUGUCAAUUUCUCAAGGAUUGCCGCCAAGCCGAUUUACGAUCCCGUGAAGGUGUCGGAAAAUGACUCGAAGAACAAGCGUGGUAAACCAGUGGCUAACCAUCCAGUUUCGUGUACGUCGACUCACCAAUCGGUGUUGGAAGUACUUAUCGAAUGUCUUGUGAGUGCUCCAGUCAUGGCAUAUCCUGACCCUCACAGCCCAUAUGUCCUUUACAAGAAUGCAUCAGAGAAUGGACUAGGUGCAGUACUUUACCAAGAGCAGGAUGAUGUCUUACGUGUUAUUGCUUACGGUUCACGAACCCCAACACCAGCAGAGAAAAACUACCACCUACAUUCUGGUAAACUAGAGGUCCUUGCGUUGAAGUGGGCUAUCUGUGAACAAUUUAGAGACUACCUGUAUUAUUCUCCAAGUUUUGUCGUAUACUCUGAUAAUAAUCCGUUAACGUACGUCCUAUCAACUGCCAAACAGAAUGCAAUGGCUUUCGCUGGAUUGGAGACUUAG